AUGACGACGGGUAUUUUUGUAAUAGAAGAAAUUCCGCUUCCGGACGAGCCCGCUUCGAUCUCACGCGAGAGACGGUCUACUGAAACUGUAUAUUGCGAUGAGAAUUCGAACAGCACCGACAAAUCUGGCUCGAUUGCAUCGGUUCGACGGAAGCCGCUGACCGGGGUACUUAGAGUAGCUGAAGAAUUCCCGUGUCCAUCCAUUUCUGGAUCACCAUCACUGCAAAAAACCGAUGGGCCCCGGCUGGCAGCCAAAUUGAAGGCGCUUCUCUCGUGUAAGUCGAGCUCCACUACAAUGGUGCUACCUUCGACUAGUCACCAGCACCAACCGCCAUCAGUGACGACGCCACCAAACAAUCGCCUCCCGCCCCUGCCCAAGAAGGAGCCGCCCCCUGUAGAUGAACAGAACAACAUUGCCCCUCCCGUUGCGCCCGUCGCUCCAAAAAAGCCACCACAAGAAAGGUGUCGGCCAGUGGAAGAAAAGAUGCCAUUCUUCUACAUCUACCUGGCCCUGCUCUUCAUCAUAGUUUGUUUAGUGGCGUUAAGCGUUUGGAACUACUAUUCCGCUCUGCAAACAUACAAACCGUCCACAUUAUUCCCCCGUAAUGAUUCGCAUUUGAAUCGUGUUGAACGAUUCAACACAACGACGAAAACU